AUGGCAAACAAGUUUGGAUUAGGGUCUUUACCUCUAGAAUCUAAAAAUCCCAUGAGUUCUACAGCGUUUAUAAACAAAGCGAAACCUUUUUUCGUGGAUCAAAUCGGAGACACCUUACAAGGGGAUAUCGAUAUGAACAAUUUCAAAAUAACUAAUUUAAAGUUUCCAGGAAACGAUAACGAUGCCGUGAACAAGAAAUAUUUACUGGAUCAAAUAAACGCAAUUCAAAUAGAUAAGGACCCUGUUGAAAAUAGAAUAUAUGACGUGAAAAGAUUCAUCAGACGAAAUAUUAAAAAUCUUGUGGACGAACCCAAACUACAACAAGAGUUAACGAGUUUGAAACGUCUUAUUCAAGUGGAUAAAACAAGUCAGUUGCAAAAUUUAAUAUCUAAAUUAGAAGAUAAGAUUACGAAGGUAAAAAUAGACGUCCAACGUUUAAUAGAUAACUCAAAUGUAAACGAGGAUAGAUUGAAACGAAAACUAACCGCUUUGGAAAGAAAACUUGGCGAAUUACUAGCAGAACUAGACAAGACCGCGGACAAAACCGAGGUACAAAAUUCGAUAUCCAAUUUGAACGAAAAGAUCGCGAAGCAAAAAUCAGAUGUUCAAGAUAUAAUUAACACACUUCCCAUUGACAAAGAUACGUUGAAACGACAAUUGUCUGCUUUGGAUACUAAAAUCACGGACGAAUUAGAAAAAGAAGUGGGUGUGAUUAAAAACUUUCUUCAAAAUAAAUUUCGAGAUGAUAUGAAAAAUUAUAUUAAAGAACAGGUCAAUCUUUUGGUAUCUAGAAUUCAUGACGAUUUUUUGAGACAAGAGAGAAAGUUGAGCAAAUUAGAAGCUAUUGUCACGGACAAAUCGUAUUAUUUCAAUUUACCAUUCGAAAGAAAAAUAAUUUUAAUGAAAGACAAUUUCCAAGAAAUAAAAAGAUCGAGAGUUGGUAGAGGAGGAACUGAUUUACUUAAAAAGAUAAAUGAAUACGAAGGCGAAAAUUGUUACAUACCUACAGAUGGUCACUGUUUUAUCAAAUGCGUCAAUCGUGUUUUAAACGAAGACUACACGAGAGAAUUUCAAGAAUACAUCAACGGGUUUUCAAAAGCAAAUAGAAAAGGAGUGAUGACAUGUGCUAGAAUGAAGGAAUUCAACACGAAAUUCAACACUUCGUUUCAAAUUUAUAAUCCCAAAAACAGACAUUUUCAUCCCAGAGACGUUCACGAUGAAUUAGAUUGGGUUUUUUACUUACACAACUUGCAUUUCUGUUUGAUUAGAAGAAGCCAAAAAAGUUUGGGUGUGGAACAGGUGUGGAAAACGUGUAGAGACGCAGUAACACAGGUUUCACCUCUCAAACUAAACGUGCUUUCAAGUAUGAGUGAUGAUGCGUUACUCGCUUGGGAUUGCGAAACGUAUUCAGAAAAAGACACGCGAAGAGCAAUUCCUUAUGCCUGCACUUUAAUUAAUUUAGAAAAACUAAGGAAAAUGUUAAACAGAAUAAAUAAUCUCUUUCCAGAUUUAAAGUCGUCAGAUCCCAUUCCAGAAGAAUUUUAUGAUAAACUAAUGAAUGUAGUAGAAAUAUUUGUAGGUACAGAUUGCAUCGAUCAAAUGUUGAAAUAUUUAGGUCAAUAUGAUAGAAAGAGAUUAAUAUUAAUUUCUCACAACGGCAGUGGAUUCGACAACUGGAUCGUGCUUAAAAAUACAAAAAAACUAACGCAUUGCCCUUUAAAAACACCCAGAGGAAUUCUAUCUUUUCCAUACACGGAUGAAGAUUUACAGAAAAAAUGGAAAAGACAGAAAGAAAUAAAGGGUAAUUAUUUACAACAUAUUAAUUUCACGUGUUCCUAUCAACACGAAUCCUCUAGUUUGGCUGCAUGGGGAAAUUCUUCCAAUCUUCCCGCGAAUUUGAGAAAGAUUGCCGACGUAGAUAUCGCUAAAUACACGCAAGACAACUGGGAGGAAUUGAGACACGAAUGGGAACCUUACGCCAAGAGAGACACUCUCUGUUUAGGAGCUUGUUUGAUAAAAUACAACCAAGUCACGAAAGAAGUUGUAAACCAGAAUAUGUCCAAUAAUCUAACGGCUCCAUCUUUAUCGGGAUGGUAUUAUUUAUAUCAUUACGAUUAA